CUCCUUUGUGAGAGAGCGCUGCAGCAGGGGAUCGUGCCGCACCCUUUACCGCUCCUCCUAGGACUCGCAGCACGGAUCACUACGCACAGGUAACAACCGCCCAAAGUACCGGAAGCAAGGGAAAAGUCCAAACACAGGUGAUGGACGAUGUCUUCCAAGUUUGAGUUUGUGGGACAAAAAGAAAAAACUGGAGUGGAAUAUCGAUAGAAACAGAGUCAAAAAAACAAUACUUUAUUUUUAUUCUUGUCGCAUUUGUUCACCUUAUGUGCAAAGUGCGCAGGACGUGACCUCAGGUACCCGCGACAGCACAUUGUUUCUCAACUCGACGAGGACUGAUCUGGAUUUACUUGAUAAACGAGUUCACAAGAAAAGAUUGAAGACCAGUGGAUUCAGCCUUCCAAAACCCCUGUAAAGUGAAGACCUCUGACUUAAACCUGGAUCCCUCCAGUCCUAACCUGUCCAGCUGAUGGCAUGCUGAUCUCCAACUUACUAGAGAGGGCGAGUCUGAAUGGCGCCCUAGACCUUCCCACCUGCUUCCUGCAUGCAACUCUGCUCUCCUCUUCAACUCUUCUCUGAUCCCAUAUCUACCAGAUAUCUCAACAUGGAUACACAUACGGAUGAUGUAAAGGGAUGCUACUUUAACCGUACCGUAGAUUUUUUCUAUGAAAAAAGUGGCAAGAACAUCAGCGACCACUGGCGCGGACGUGACUAUGUGAUUGUCAGUCUGGGCAUGUCGGUCUGCUUCAUUGUCAUCUUUUCUAAUGUUUUGGUCAUGGCCGCCAUUAUUAAAAACAGACGCUUUCACUUUCCCAUCUACUACCUGUUGGGUAACCUGGCUCUGGCAGACCUCUUCUCAGGUGUUGCCUACCUCCACUUGAUGUUUCAUACUGGUCCCUGGACCAUUAAGCUGUCCAAGCAACAGUGGUUUGUGCGACAGGGGCUGAUCGACACCAGCCUGACGGCUUCAGUUCUCAACCUCCUGGCUGUGGCCGUGGAACGUCACCAAACCAUCUUCAACAUGCAGCUGCACAGUAAGAUGAGCACCCGACGUGUUUUCAUCGUCAUAUUAUGUAUCUGGCUGGUGUCCGUAGUCAUGGGCCUGGUUCCCACCAUGGGCUGGCACUGCCUCUGCAACCUGCCUAGCUGCUCAACCAUGGCGCCGAUGUACAGCCGCAGCUACCUGGUCUUCUGGGCUGUUCUCAACCUGCUGACCUUCUCCAUCAUGGUGGCCGUUUACACCCGGAUAUUUCUCUACGUGAGGCACAAGAGCAAGCAGAUGUCGCAGCACACCAGUCAGAUGAGACACAGAGAGACGGUGUUCAACCUGAUGAAGACUGUCUCCAUGAUCCUGGGCUGUUUUGUGAUCUGCUGGACGCCUGGCCUGGUGGUGCUGCUGCUCGACGGUCUGGGCUGUCAAAAGUGUAUGGUGCUGAUCUUCGAGAAGUACUUCCUGGUGCUGGCCGAGUGCAACUCCUUCUUCAAUCCCAUCAUCUAUUCCUUCAGGGACAACGACAUGAGGAGGACCUUCAAGGAGAUCCUGUGCUGCAUGUGCUGGCGGGGCAGCAAAAACAAGGGCAAAUCUACAACUCAGUUUAACACCCUGGAGCACGAGACCUAUAAGUCUCGUACUGCUGAUCCGAGGGAGAGGAACAACAGGAUCCCUCUUAUCCGCAAAGGCUUAGAAGAUGGGCCUGUCCCUUCUGAAAAGUGGAAUUAACUCAAACAACAACAGUCUUUGAACACACUCCAGGCAUGCAGACACACACUGAAAUCUACAGAUCUGAGUAUGCUCACAUAAUAAAUUGUUAAGGCCCUUUUUUCACCUUAGCUACCAGACUGUUGAGACAGGGUCAAAAACUUUUUUGGAAUUUUUUUUUUUUUUUAUUGGAUUUUUACCUCUGCAGCCAGCAGACACUGGUUAUUCUGUUUGUCUUUUUAAGCUAAGUUAGUCAUGGGGCAAAGACGAAUUGAUUAACUUCUAAUAUUGGUUGACCAACAUGAUGGUGGACGUGUCUUCAAUUCAAAACGGAAGCAAGUGGCUCAUUUGCGCUCAAUCAUCGAACUUCAGCAGACAUAAGGAGGCAAACCCUCCGUUACUGGGCCAUUUUAACAUGGGGGGAGACAUUGGAUAGCUCAUUUCCUUUGAGACAUAAAUUAACCACCAGUCUGAAGAAGCAGCACUAUCAGCGGCUGAACAACUGGAACAUGUUGGCAAUGCAUGGAAGAAAAGACUGAAAGUCUGUGGACAGUCACAAAGCAGAAAUGUGCCCUAUUGAACGCCAUCAAGUUCUGUAAUAGGUUCUGCCUCAAAUGGCUUUAAUAAUAUCCUCAUGAUGGAGUCAGGUGUAUGUGAGUUAGCUAAACGUAAUGAAAUCUACAACACUGCUGCAAUAAAUCCUCCCUUCAUGAAGGUUUUAUGUUCAGUUUUUGUUGAAACCGGUUUAGAGAGGUGUUUAUUCAACUGCAUGAUCGUUUUGGAUCUUCAUGACAUUUGUGGUGCUGUGUAACUUUGCAUUUUAUAGAGUAGGGUUUCUGUUUGUCAGCUUACCCUGACUGAAAUAAAUGAGGUGGACAAAAAUAAUAGACACAGUUUGGUCAGUAUAACACAAUAAAACAGCGCCACCAAAAGGACCAUACAAUUUAAAUAACCUUCAUGAAAUAGGGUUUAUUGUGGGAUUGUUUUUAGUCUGCAUUACUUUUAGCUAGGUGUACGUAAUGCUAAACUUAAUGUAUAUGGAAUCACUGGAAAUCUGUUACCAGGGUUCGAUUAUGCCUAAGACACGAGUUGCAGUCAAAGGACACUGAAGCUAAUGGAUGAAACCAGUACCACUCUAUACUGGAUUGAAUAGUUAUAUGUUGUAGCUAAUGGAUUUUUUUUAAUGCUUAAUAAACAAUUUACCAGUGUAUUAUUGAUCAGUCAUAGCCUGUUAUUAACAACAUUUAGUUUGCCAGUUAAGUUUUUGUUUAGGUUGUUAUAAAUGUGUAACUUGCUCUGUGUUUUAACAAGCUCUUUAAUUCAUGCAAUCCCUUGUAUGGACGGCUUGGCCACUCACAAGGCUUUUGGACCAAAAUCUAAUUAUUUCUUUUCUUUCCAUUUCUCUUUUCACAACUUAAUAUUUAUUAUUGCUGCUUGUUACUCAAAGGUAUGAUCCAACCUCCUAACCUGUCUCUAAGUUAUAAACUGGUGUUUCUUUUUAUUGGCUCACUUAACCUACAAGAUGAAUUAAAGAGCAAACUAAAGACACAAGUAAAAUAAAUUAUUUAUUAACAUUAAUAAAGCCUUAGUUAGAAAAUUUAACCUUGAUUGAAAGUAUUCCUGUAGAAACUGUUAACAAAAACCUUAACUCAUCAGAAUCAUUGUUCUGGGUUUAUGAUUCUGGUUAGAUUGUUACAACGUUUUAGAUGUAGGAUUUUUAUAGGUUUUACGCAAAUAUUUUAAAUGGAAAAUGUAUAACAUUAUGCUAUAAGCUGUUCUUUACUCUAGGUUUUAUUUUUUAUUCCUAACUUUUUAGGAAUAACUUUAUUCCUUAUGGUGCUAAUGCAUCGUGUACAUUGUCGCUGUACAGAAAUGACACACAAUACUCCUUUGUAAAUUGUUUGUGAUGUAAAACUUUAUUUAUAAUCACAUUAUAAUUGUAAAUAUUAUGUACAGUAUUCAGCUUAAGCUAAUUUGACAUCAAAGGCAGCUCCAAAAACAAUAUUAAAAAUGAAGGAAAAUCAAGCUUGUGGUUUGGAUAAUUUCCACUACAUUAAACUUUUUUGCCAAACAGGGCUGAAUGAGCAACACACGUGUGAGAUGAGUGGUUAUGAAGCUUUAGGGAUAAGUAAAUUGCAGGUAACUUAUGUUAAUGAGUAAAACUGAUACCAAGAAGUUAACAGGAAAUAACCUUUGUGAUGGUAACACUGUGGUUUGUUUGCUGUGUUUCAGUUUCAGUCUGCGCUCAAUAAUGGAUAGUGAUCUCAUUAAAAACUUUGAAUACAU